AUGGCCGCCAAUCCAACUCCAAGCAAAGCUGCUCUCUCCCUGCUCGACAACAUCGCUUCCCUCAGCACCGGCUUCAAAAAUGGCGAAAGCGGCGCAAGAGAAGGCUUACUAGACGCAUGCCGUAGCCUCAUCGCAGAAGCCAGCCACCCAUCCGAAAACAUGCUCCACAUACUCUGGGCGCAACCCACCCACCUAACCACCCUCUGGCUAGCCGUCGAGAUAAACCUCUUCCAAGCCAUGCGCACCAUCCCAAACACCGGCGCCAGCAGCCACUCCAUCGCAAAGGCCUGCUCCAAAAACUGCUCCAAAAACGUCGACCCCAUCAUCGUCGCACGCAUGCUGCGCCACCUCGCCGCCAUGGGCACGAUCCGCGAAACAGGACCCGAUACUUUCGCCAACACACCCACAUCCCGUGCUUUCGCCGAGCAAGCAUACCAAGACUCCAUUCUGUUCAUCGCAGAAGACUUCCAGCCUGUGCACCACUCCAUGAAAUCUUAUUUCUCAGCCAGGGACUGGAAGUGUCCUGACAGCGGUCUUGACGCGCCGUUCCAGCACACUUACAAUUGCAAGGGGAGUCAUUACUUCGAGUACAUGCAGCGCCGUAAUCCUGAGAUGGGGAGGAGGUUUGCGAGUAUGAUGGCGAGUUGGAGUAAGGGGAGGCCGAGGUGGUUUGAAGGGGGGUAUUAUCCGGUACAAGAGAGGUUGGUUGAGGGGGCGGAGGCGGGGAAGACUUUUUUGGUUGAUGUGGGAGGUGGGAGUGGACAUGAUGUUGAGGGGCUGAGGGAGGCGUUUGAGGGACGGUUACCGGGCGGGUUGGUGUUGCAGGAUAGGCCUGAGAUCGUUGGGCUUGCGAGGCUUGGGCAUGGUGCGCAGGCUAUGUCGCAUGACUUUAUGACGGAGCAGCCUGUUAAGGGCGCGAGGGCGUACUAUUUGCAUUCUAUCAUUCAGGACUGGAACGACGAUGUUAACACGGAGAUUCUGAGAGCGAUUGUGCCGGCUAUGACGAAGGGGUAUUCCAAGGUUCUUGUUAACGACUUCGUUGUGCCGGAUCAGGGUGCGCAUUAG